CCGCUUCAGGCCCUCCCAAGGGGGGCCACUCUAGCGGUGACGCCUCGUUCACUUUCCCCAGGUAGGCCAGUGCCUGUCCUCUUUGGAGGGUGACGGACCAGCGCUGGCGAAACUGGCUAAGUAGUUUCGCCGCCUGGAGUUUGAGGAAGGCCGGCACUUCCGCGCAGGGGCAGCCGUAUGUCUCAACGGCCAGCGGGAAGAAGCCUACGUAUUCUGCCCUGUGGCGCAAACCUGUGCUGCAACUCCCUCAACGGCCCCAUCCCUGCCUCCUUCAGCGGCCUUGCCUCCCUCGCCUAUCUCGACCUGCAGGAAAACGCACUGAGCGAGGCAAUUCCGGAUGCCAUUUCGCUCAUGACCGCUCUUACAAGCCUAUUUCUGUCCAAGAACAUUCUUGCAGAAAGCAUUCCAACGGAGAUGGGCAAAUUGCUGCAGCUUCAGUCCCUGCACCUUGACAACAACGAGGUGGUGGGCAGCAUUCCCGACGCCCUGAGUGCCCUCACAAACCUGGAUCACUUGUCCAUGGCUGCCAAUCACUUGGUGGGCGCCGUCCCCAACUUCCUCACCUCCUUCGUUUUGCUCACACACCU